AUGGCGAUUUUAGCUAUUGGUAAAUUAAACAACGUUGACUUGGAGAGGGAUGUUCAUGAAACCGAAGGUCUUAUCUCACCUAGAGUCUCAGUUCCAAGACUUUCAAGAACCGCAAGCACUGGUUUUUUACCUAAAGGCUCCGUGUUCCACGUCAACCCGACAAGGAACAAUUCAACAAUCUUGUAUUCCGAUGUUAACGGGCUUCGAAAGCCUCCCGAUACUGUGAAGCGACUCGAGUGCACCCUCGAAGACUUGUGUUUUGGUUGCAUAAAGAAGGUCUACAUCAAACGAGACAUAGUUACAAAUGACGGGCAAGUAAUACAAGAAGAUGAAGUGCUAACGAUAAACGUAAAACCAGGAUGGAAGAAAGGAACAAAGAUCACAUUUGAGGGUAAGGGAAACCAAACUUCACCAACUUGCAUUGCGGAUGUAAUGUUUGUGAUUGACGAGAAACAACAUCCCGUUUUUAAAAGAAACGGAGACGAUUUAGAAGUAGCAAUCGAGCUUCCUUUAGUAGAUGCAUUGACUGGUUGUACAGUUACCAUACCUUUUUUAGGUGGUCAAGAAUCACGUUUGACCAUCGCUAAUGAUGUCAUUAACCCGGGUUACACGAAAACAAUCGAAGGAGAAGGCAUGUGUUUACUUAAAGAACAAGGAAAGAGAGGAAACUUGAACAUCAAGUUUUCGGUUAAGUUUCCACAGAAUUUGACCGAAGAACAACGAUCAGAGUGUUUUAAUAUCUUACAAGAUUCAUGCUAA